ACCUAAACCAAACAAAACCUUAACACCACUUCUUCUCUCGAUCAAUCAAUCAGCGAUUAUUCACCUUUAAUCGACCAUGGAUCUUUCCUUAAUCGUCGAUCCCAAUUAACAUGGCUUCGAACGGCGCUUCUCCGAGGAUUGUUGAUGCUACUGAUAACAGCUUGGAUAAGAUCAAGCAGCAAUUGGAAUCGAGGGUUAUCGGAACUUGCUUCUGGGACCUCUUAUUCAAGCGAGCUGAAACUGAAGCUUCUACCAUCAGAAGACAUCAGGACAAAAAUCUGAAACCAAGGAGAAUCAAAUCUACAUCCGCAUCUAUGCAAGAAGGUGGAGGCAUUAUUGGAGUUGUAGGUGUUCUGCUAAAAAGACUCUGGCUUGUAUUAGUCAUGGCGCUUAAUCCAGAUGGAGUUAACAAUGGGUUAGGUCUGGUGUAAGGAGAGCAAGGUACCAGAAUUUUUCCACGAAGUGAACCUGUUUUAAAACUCAUCAAGAUUUA